CCCACAUCUGAUCUGAGAAAGUGGGAAGAACUCGGACAAGAUGCUGUAGAGGAGCAUCUCAGUCUACACAGGGUAUUUCAGAAGCUUGAGAGCAUAUAGUCAAGAUGACGACCAUCGAGAGUAAAGAGGAAAUCAGUGACAGUGACAGUGGGAUUAUUUUGCACUCUGGUCCAGAUAGCCCCACAUCCCCAGUGAAGGACCUGACCACCCACACCAGAGCCCUGAAACUGAAGCACCAGUCUCUGGAGGAGCGCCUGGAGCUCUGUCUGCUGGAGCUCAGGAAGCUGUGCAUCAGGGAGGCAGAACUGACUGGCACACUGCCCUCAGACUAUCCUCUCAUGCCUGAUGAGAAACCACCUGAGGUCAGAAGGAGGAUCGGUGCUUCCUUCAAGCUAGACGAAGGUUUGAUCCACCUGGAUAAACAGGAUUCAGAGUUGCAACUACUGGAAACUGACUUGGCUGUCCAACAACAGAUUUAUGAGGCGGCCCGCAAACUGUCCCUGGAAGAGAACCUCAGUAAACCACAGAGGAAGAGCCGGCUGCAGCAGUGCAAGAGAGAGGAGAAGAAAGUGAAGGAUCUGCAGGAGGCUGUGUUCCAACACAGGAUCAAGAGCGAGUGCGACUCUCCAUGCAUCAGUGUCUCGACCAGCCGAAACAAAGACCUGAGCAUUUCUGAUGACAGCUCCUUGUCUGAUGUGGUGGCCCUGGAUGAUGAUGUGGACUCGCCCGGCCCUCUCUCUCCUCCAAUGUUAGGCACUCCCUAUUUAGACUGUGCACAGCUGUCAGCCAAGACCCUGCAAUCAUCAAGCCAGCUCAACUUGGAAUAUGAACGCUCUCCCAUCCAGAACUCUCCAUGGAAGGAGUCCAGUCUGGACCAGCCUUUCCAGAAGGCCACAAAACUUCAGUCAGCUUGCAGCAGCAGGUCUUGUAGUCCAGCAGGAACUCAGGUGUCUGCAGAGAGCAGCAGGAUUCCUCUCUCUCAGUUUGUCAUGAACUCUGUCCUGCGUCAGAACCACUCCACCAGCACCCCCUCCACCCCAGAGCUGCAUGUACGUCAUCAGUACUCCCAGUCCUUCAGACUUCCCAAAAGUAAGCCGUCUGCUGACAUGCUUAGCUCAGAGAACAGUCGAGGGCGAGCCAAACUGCCCCAGCGGUGUUUUGUGGCUGACUUCACGGUACGUUCUCCAGAGUGCUCUCCCUUGCAUCCAUACCAGUCUAGCUCCGAGGAUAGUGGCUCGGAGCACUCAUCCUCCUCCUAUAUCAGCUCUCCUGGCAGAGACGCUCCCACUGAGAUCCCCAAGCUCUGCCCACCGCCUUACGGAUUUCACUUUGGAGCACAGAAGAAAGGACUCUCUAGCUCACACAGGAACACUACCCAGUCUCAGCCCAGCCCUGACUAUGUCAAGGCCACAGCAGAGGGCGGGCCCCUCUCCCCUCAAGACAUGAACAUGGGAAGGUGCUUCCUGUCCUCCCCUCCUGUGGCACACAGCCCUCAGCAAAGGCAGUGGCACGGGGGAGCAUUGUCCCCGAGGAGAAUCCUAAAGCCCCCUCCGCCUUACACCAGGCUGGUGCGAACGCCCUCACUGAAGGAGUACCCAAACCACGCCAUCCGGCUGAUGCCCAGGGAGAUUGUGUCAGAGGAGCUGAAGUCCUGGCACCAGAGGAACCGGCUGCAGAAGUUACAGCCAAGCUGCAUGGAUCAGCAGAGCUCCGUGUGUGUCGUGAGCCCAACUUCACCUCACCUGCCUCCAUUUACACAGGGUUCAGGUAAUGUGAUCCUCCAAAGAGCUGCAGACGGGACUCCCCUUCAGUGGUUUGUUACAGAGGAUGCCGAAAUUGUGAGCCAGGUGUAGCUGAGACCUCCACUCCUCUGCAGUACGUUCAGUCAAAUGUCUGCUAUCGCUUUCUAUUUAUCUCUGUAUAUUUGUUAAGCCUCUGGACCCUGUGAGAUUGUAUGUUGACGAGAAGCAAGGAACGUGGACCUAUUGGUGCUCGGAUGAGCACGUCUCUCUUCUUUUAAUUUAAAACGUAAUGUAAGGUGGUGUGCCAGUUUUAUUUAUUUUAAAUUGUUUUCUAAUGGAUGCUUCUAAAAUUUCUGAGGUGAAUUGAAGUUCAUGCCAUUUCAUAAUUGUGUCAAAUGGAUCAUAAACUUGCUGUGUUUUCAAGAAUUUCCUCAUGGCUGUCACACAUUUUGCACAUAAAAUUCACCUACAGUAGUUUUCAGAUGUUUCCCAGAUUCUAAUAUAAUUUCAGCAUUAUACUAUAUUUAUAUAUUAUUUACAGUUUACCUUGCAGCACAGAACUAUUACAAAACAUUUGACAUACUGUACGUACCUUUGAAAAUGCAUUGCUCUUUUGUAUAUAUGUACAGUAUAGAUAAAGUUUAACACCUUUCUAGUCAUAACUUAAUGUUGAAUCUUAAUGUUUGCUAUUAACUCCUAAUAAUUAAUCACUGAUGCCUUUAACGGUGGUUUGAGAAAUGUAUUCACUGCAGUAUGGUGUUUUGCUAAUAACCAAGUGAUUAUAUCAGUUUUGAUAUUUUUUGUAUAUUUAUAAUAAAGAGAU